GCGGUUUGUGGGACAAUGGAAUCGAAAAGCAUACCAAAAACCGCGUAGUGCUGGAAGAUGUAAUUUGGAAGAUUUUACCAAAGACUUUGAUAAGACGACAAAGUCAGUUCUUCUCCUUGCUCUUUGCCUCCUCGUCUUCUUUCUUCUUCUUCUUCUCCUUCUCCUUCCUUAUCAUUUUCUUCUCCUUAGUAGCUGAAAAAAAAAAAAAAAAAAAAAAAAAAAAAAACAGAAAAAAUGGCGGUAACCACCGUACUUUUAUUAGCAGUCUUAUUCAUAGCUGGCCUCGUCAAUAUUUUCUUUCGUUUUCCCACCACCAAGCUCCUUGCUUGGUUUCAAUCUUUGUCCAAUCCCUACUCCACUCCUACUACCACUCCAAGCAAGGACAAAGAUAAUCUUGUUGUGAAUAGUAUUAGUCCGCAACCAAAAGUAGCAGAUCAGGCGGCGGAGCUGAAGCAAAUGUUUGCCACAUUCGACAAGAACAGUGACGGGUUCAUCACAAAGCAGGAGCUCAAGGAGUCACUGAAGAAUAUCAGGAUUUUUAUGAGUGAUGCGGAGGUGGAAGAAAUGGUGAAGAAGGUGGAUGCUAAUGGAGAUGGGUUGAUUGACUUUGAUGAGUUUUGCAUGCUGUGCGGGUCCAUGCGCCGUCGGGAUGAUGGGGGAGUGGAGGGCGGGGAUGGGGGAGGAGCGGAGGAGGAGCAGGAGUUGAAGGAGGCGUUUGGUGUGUUUGAUAAGGAUAAAGAUGGGUUGAUUUCGGUGGAGGAGUUGGCGGUGGUGUUGUGUUCUUUGGGAUUGAGAGAGGGGAAUAAGGUGGAGGAUUGUAAGGAGAUGGUGAAGAAAGUUGAUAGGGAUGGAGAUGGUAUGGUUAAUUUUGAUGAGUUCAAGAGGAUGAUGAAAGGUGGAGGACUUCUAUUAGCCCACUAAUUAGGUAUUGAUCUCUAAUUAAGCUCCUACUUCCAAAGCUAGUAAGGUUUAAUUACCAUCAUCAACUUCUUGCAUUAAAUGGUAUGCAUAAUUGGCUUGAGACAUCGUUUCUCAAGUUUAGGUACUCUUACCUCCAAAGAUCCAAUAAGUUUCAUCACCCUUCAUCAACUUGUUACCGAAACAACAUUCAUACUAGGUGAUUGGAUUGAGAUGCCGUUUCUCAGGUUUAGGUAGGUAUUCCUCGUGUCCAAACACAUGCACCAAGUUGUAUGGGAAACAAGAAAAACCAGACAUUGAUUAAUUUGCAGCUUCAUCUUCAACUCACAACCACCCUGUGUCAUGGCAUAGGAUGCCAUUCCUCCCUAACCAACCUUCUUCGCUGUCUCUCUCUAAAGUAGUAGCCUUCAUUGCUGUCUCUCUCUAAAUUAGUUUAUUUUAACUUUUCAUUGGCAGACAGACCAUCAUGGUCAAUGCCCUUAUGGGUUUUCAAUAGACAUUUACCUUUUACCCCCUCUUGCUGUGUGAUAUUAUUAUCUGUAAUAUUUCUCUCCAACCUUGAUGAGUUCAACAGCA